AUUUACCCCUCCAAGAAUGCGCGGUGCAAAAACCGAAAGAAAUAGAAAAGAAUAUUGGGAACGAAGUAAAAAGUUAUUAAAUGGUAGUUUAAUUACUUUAUUGCUACCAAACCAAUAUGCCAAACAGCAAACUAACGAGUCUACCAGUGGAAGUACUUCUAUCAAUAGCACACAAAUGUAUUCACCUUAUUUUGGUGUGGUAAUAUCAAGAAAUGAGAAGGUCUUAGCUAAAAGUCCUGAUUAUGCUGAUAUUAAUAUUAAUUUUACAGAUCUAUCAAUUUAUCCUAUUGCUUUAAAUGAAAUGUCAAAUUCAAAAGUCCCUACAGGAAAUAGAUUUAUGGUUGAAUCAACUGGAGUGUAUUUAGAAGCUUACUAUCAUGUUCUUAAAACUAUUCAAACUACAAAUUCUUCUUCCCUUCCCUUCGAAAAAUAUCUUACACCUAAUUUUAAUAAUAUUAAUGAUGGGAAAGGGAAAGAUAAUAAUAUAUCAAGUAAUGCUAUAGAUUUUGAAGUUGAACCUCCACUAUAUACUAGAGCACCUAGUUUUGAAUUUGAUUUAUCAGUUAUAUGUAGAAAUAAAAAUCAAAAUUUGAAAUUAAAUGUUGCAAAAACAGACAAUUAUGAUGAAGUAGCUAAAAAAAUUAAUGAAAGUUGCAAAUUAGAUGAAACUCAAGCGAAUGCAUUAAUCUCUGCUUUGACACGUGAAAUUGCUUUAAUUGAAGGACCACCCGGUACUGGAAAAACUGUAGUUGGUGUUGAGAUUAUGAAAGUAUUAUUGGCCAAAAAAAAUCGAAAAACAAAAAUUGGUCCUAUUCUCACCAUUUGUUUUACUAAUCAUGCUCUUGACCAAUUUUUGGAGCAUUUGCUUGAUGCAAAAAUAACGAAUAUAGUCAGGUUAGGAUCUCGAACAAAAUCUGAUAAGAUCAAAGAAUUUUGUCUUGAAGAAGUUUGCAGAAGCCGCGCCCGUAACAGAACAGAAUCCCGUUUAAUAGCACUAUUACAUGAGAAUUUAGAAAAAAUUGAAGAUAGAGUUAAUGAAAUCAAAAGUACUUUAUUCAAAAAAGGGCUUAAAUGGGCUGAUAUACGACAAUAUCUGAUGAAUGAAGAAAGAACAUUCUAUGAUGCUUUUUGUAAAGCAAAUGAUAGUGAUUUACCUAGCUGGGUUUUCAAUACUGAAGAAGGGUUUACGACCAGAAAGAAACAGAAGAAACGACCUUUAUUCGAGAGAUGGGUAAAUGGGGAAGAUAUUGAAAUAAUUAGAAGAACACAGAAAGCAUUUUCAAAUCAACCACAGAAAAAUAAGAAAAAUAAAAAGGAUCCAAGCUCGAAUACAUAUGAUGCAUUAAAGGUUGAAGAUGAAAUCAAAGAAAUCACAAGUGAUGAUGUCGAAACACAAACCGAUUAUAAAACAUUACAAUGGAUAAAAGAUUAUGUAGUACCAAAAACUAACCGUACCAUAGAAGAAUUAUUAAGUUCCUAUUCAAUUUGGCAAAUGUCAAGAGUCGAAAGAAGAAAACUUACUGAUUAUUGGAGUACCAAAAUUCGAGACGAACUUAUAGAAGAAUUAUCAAAUUUACAAAAUAGUCACGAUAAUCAACGAAAAGAAAUGGAUGAAAUUUAUGAUGAAGGUCGUCGUCGAAUAUUAUUAGCUAGUGAUGUUAUUGGUAUGACCACAAAUGGCGCAGCUAAAUUUCAAGCUCUAAUUAGGUCUAUUGGUCCCAGAAUUAUUGUUUGUGAAGAAGCUGGUGAAGUACUUGAGGCCCAUAUUCUUAGUGCACUAACCCCUUCAACUCAACAUAUAAUAUUGAUUGGAGAUCCAAAGCAGCUUCGACCGAAUAUCGCUACCUAUUCUCUCAGAAUGGAUUCUACCUUGGGAAAAAAUUAUCAAUUAGAUAAAUCAUUAUUUGAAAGAUUAGUCGAAGGAGAUAAUGCAGCCAAAAUUGGGUCAGUUCAACUUUUAACACAGAGGCGAAUGAGAAAAGAAAUUUCUGAUUUAGUUAGAGACACUCUUUAUCCAAAGUUAAUUGAUGGUGAAAAUACUGUCAAAUACCCGAAUAUACGUGGUGCUCAACAUAAUGUAUACUUUAUUGAUCAUAAGAAUCCAGAAGACUCUGGCGGUGAAGAAGCAACCAUAGUUAUUAUUUCGUUAGUUCGUAAUUACUCCGGAUCUGGUAAACAUGAUUCUAUUGGAUUCCUAAAAAGUAAAAAUAGGAGCAAUGUUCUUUUGUCGCGUGCCAGACAAGGAAUGUAUCUCAUUGGUAAUUCCGAAUUAAUGGCAUCAGAAUCUAAAGAUAUGUGGACUCCUGUGAUAGAAUUAUUACAAAAGCGAAAACAAAUUGGUUCAGGUAUGCCAAUCGUAUGUAAUCGACAUCCUGAUUACAAGAACAUCAUAGAUAAAGCCGAAAAGUUUAAAGAAGUUAGUCCUGAUGGUGGAUGUUAUGAGCCUUGCAGAUCGUCUCUUAUUUGUGGACACGUUUGUAUUUAUAAGUGCCAUUCAGACAAUGAUGAUCAUAUUGGAAUUAAAUGCCCUAAGAAAUGUACAAGAUUAUAUCAACCAUGUGGCCAUCCAUGUCCAAAAUUAUGUUUUGAAGAUUGUGGAAAAUGUGAAUUUUCUAUAGGUGAUAUUAUAUUACCUGGCUGUGGUCACGUAUUAAAAAAUGCACAAUGUUGGCAAAAUCAAGAUAAAGACACUAUCAAAUGUAUAACUAUGGUUGAAAAACAAUUAAUUCAUUGCGAACAUUCAAAAGUAGUUCAUUGUUUUGAAUCCAUCGAUAAUGCUAUAUGUAGAGAAAAAUGUGGAAAAUUGUUGGAAUGUGACCAUGUAUGCUUAAUGGAAUGUUACAGAUGUCAAAAACUUUCAAAACUAGAAUCAAAGAACGAAUCAAACGAAGAAACAAAUAAAAUUACCCAAGAAAUUCAUGGAGAAUUAAAUAAAAUAACUCGAACAAACCAUGGAAAUUGUAAACAUAUUUGUAACAGAUUAUUAUUCUGUGAACAUAUAUGUAAUACAUAUUGUCAUGAAGGGAAAGCGUGCCCACCGUGUAAGAACAAGUGUACUGUAUCAUGCAUGCAUACGUCAUGUGAUAAAGAAUGUUUAGAACCUUGCGCUGUAUGCGCUGAGAAAUGCUUAUGGAAAUGUGAGCAUCAAGGAAAAUGUGAAUUAAGUUGUGGAGCACCUUGCCACAGAUUACCUUGUAAUGAAAGGUGUAAUAAACAAUUGGAAUGUGGACAUGUGUGUGCUGGAGUUUGUGGAGAAAAUUGUCCUUCAGAAUUAUUUUGCGUUAUAUGUGCUCCUAUAAAUGUUAGAAGUCAAGUGCCAGAUUUAAUUAUGGGCGCUACAUUUAGUGAUAUAGAUUGGGAUGAGGAAAGGAUGAUCGUCCUUUCUUGUGGGCAUGUAUAUACCAUGGAAACUAUGGAUAUGCACAUGGAAAUGAGAGAAUAUUAUGAAGGCUCAGUUGAAAAGGGAUGGAAAUCAAUCAAAUUUCUUUCCUCAGCUUCAUUAACAGAUGCAAAAACAUGCCCAGCAUGUAGAAUUCCAAUUAAAAAUGUUAAGAGAUAUGGAAGAAUCAUUAAUAAAUGCGUCUUGGACACACAAAACAAAAAAUUCCUUACAAAAUAUGAUAACCAAUUACGAGGAAUCACCAAACAAAUGAUAUUGAUUGAACUACAAAUUAAUAAUAAGAGAAAUGAAUUAAAAAAUAAUUUAGGCAAAAUACCUCAUGAUGAUUCAAGACCAAGAGAAGUCGUAUUUAAAGAACAUAACUUUAUAAAUAUUGAACUACCUGAAAUUAUUCCUUAUGAAUAUUUCGAAAAUAUUGAAAAAUAUCAUGGAUUUGGCAAUAAUUGUAAUAUAGUUUGGCUUGUUCAUGUUGGUAGAUUAUUAAGAAAUUAUAGGAAAUUAACCAUAAUUCUUUGUGCAACAAAAAAACCACCUCAUAAAAAGGCUUUUGAAGCCGCUGUCUCUAGUUUAUACCAAGCUAAAUUAGCAAGAAAUGACGCUGAGAGAGAUUUAAUUUCUCAGUUAUCCAAUCUUAAUAUUACAGAAGACCUAAAUACCAAUGAUUCAAAUUUUUCACCUGGCAGAGUUUUGCAAGAAACACUUUCUCAAAUAGGAAUUUCAGUACCAAAGGUAGAUCAUAGGAUUUAUUUAGACGCACUUUUUGAGUUAAUUAAUAUACAAAAAAUUCUUUUCCACGAAGUUUUAUUUAUAAUUCAAGAAAUUUCUAAAGUAUCAAAAGUUACCAAUCAAGAAUCCAUAAACAUUAAUGAAAUCUGGAAAAAAUUUGCUGAAUGGCUACAGCUUUCUAUUUUAAAACAUCUAAAUGUUUUUAAGAAAGUAGCAGAAUCUACUCAUUAUGGUAGACAUCUACUUUUAGCCAAUGUAGAAAUAUUAGAAUUUGAUCUUAAAAUAAUUCAAUAUCAAUUAAGAUAUCCAUCUAAUGGAAGUAGUAUAAUUGAUAAAGAACUCCGAGAUAAUACUAUAGAAAACUGUAAUAAAAUUGUGGAAGGCCUUUCGGGUAUACUUACAAGUGAAGGAUACAAUGCUGCUGAGGAGACAUUUAAGAAAGGUAUUCAUGAGAGAUUAAGCAACGUAUUAAAAAGUUGCAAUGAUGUUAAAUCUAGUGCAGAGAAUCUUGGAAAACCUUUAAGCGUUGAAGAAACAUUAGAAAUUCAUCGUGCAAUGAAGACCGAAUUUAAACGAUCAGGACAUUGGUUUGAAUGUCCCAACGGUCACCCGCGGAGCGAUGGAGUUGAGUAG